UUUCUUCAUAACUGACUGAUACUGUCGUAUGAUUUAAUUCCGCCAUCUCACGCUCGGACGCGACUGAUAAACGUGCAAGGUUAAAUCUAUCUUGCUUGUUUUCAAGUCCACAAAAACAUCAAGAUAAGUAUUAUGUUUAAAUUUUUAAUAUCCAGUGCUAUAUGCACAGAUUUCUACUUUUAUCUGUCCAAAACUUACAAAUACUGGCAACAAUAGAAUUCUAUUUUUUUGGGAGGAGCUUUACCCGGAAUAAGUCUUUUUUUCGAUAAUUUGCCUGAGAAUUUUUAUGCAUGUUUGCAGCAUGAUUUAAUUCUCCACAUUGUCAGUGAUAAUUCUGAAGCGAGAGCUUGUAAAAACGAACUGAUGUUGCAGACCACGUUUGCUAGCUUUAGUAAGAAUAUCAUUUCAAUCAAUCUUGAGGUAGAUUUGAGCUGAUGGCACAUAAUCUCUUCAUGAUUGCAGACAAAUAACUGAUCUUUUUUAAAAGUCCAGACUCAAAUAUUCUAUAAUAAAGAAAUAAAUUUACAUACAUAUAAAACUUAUAAACAAAUCUUAUCUAUGCAUUUUUGUAUUUAAUACAUAUUAAUUUAAGUGUUUAUUGUUUCCUUAAUUAUUUGAUUUCUUAUUUAUGUACAAAAAUUAAUUUAAUUUGUACAAUUAUUAUUACCACGCUAUUUUAAUAUUAUCACAUAGAACACACAUAAUGCCACCUUUGCACUUUUCAAGCGCGCGCGUGCCAAUGCAUUUUUUAUUCUUAUUUAUCUUCACACUUUACUCGAUAUUUGCCGUUAUAUCGCAAAUUAUCGCAUACGCGUUUUGCUAUCUCAUGCUCUCGACAACUUGAGCGUCAAGUCGACAUCACCUUAUCCUCUUCAGUGUUAUUUGUCACUUGAGAGAGCAAAGAUGUCUGCAACGGUAAUUGCUUUGAUGUUCGGUGCUCUCAUUGCUCUGUAUUAUUAUCUGACUAAAAAUUACAAGUACUGGCAAAGUCGCGGAAUUCCUUGUCCCGAUGGAGCUCUGCCGGGACUAGGUCACAUGUUGUCAGUGAUUUCCAUGAAAAUGCCUUUUACGGAGUAUUUGCGCAAACUGUACCAAAACAACAAAGAUCGUAGCAUGGUCGGAUUUUACAACUUUGUAACACCGACGUUGCUGGUUCUCGAACCAGAGCUAGUCAAAACGGUGCUGCAAACUAACUUUGCGAACUUCAACGAGAAUCCUUUUCAAGUCGAUCCAGAGGUGGAUCCGCUCAGGGCGCACAAUCCAUUCGUCAAUACCGGCGAGAAAUGGUUAAGCGGAAGAAAAAAAUUGACCUACGCUUUCUCCACCACCCGACUAAAACUCUUGCUUGAGAGCAUCAAGUCGGUGUGUAAUAAGCUGGAUAACUUUUUGGAUGAAAAACUGAGCAAAACGGGAAAGGUGGAAAUAGAACUAAAGGAUUUGUGCUCCAGAUACACCGCGCAAGUAGUCGCCGCCGCUGGUUUUGGUGUAGACGGAUAUUGUUUCGACGACAAGAAUGCAGACAAGUCGUUUCGAAAAAUCGGUUCGGCCAUUAUGGAACCAAGUCUGCGGACAAAUAUUAUGUUUUUUUUAUUAUUCUUUAUUCCGUCGUUAAACAAAUUCUUGAAAAUGCCUUUUAUACCGAAGUACAUCGAUCGUUUUCUUAGAACAUUGGUCGCCGAGCUUCUAGAACAACGAAGAGCGGAUGGAAUACCUAGGAACGAUUUUCUUUACUUAAUGGUAGAACUAGAGAAGAUCGAAGGUGAUAAAUUUGAUACGGAGGUUCUCGCGGCUCAGGCGCUCUCUUUUAUCGUUGACGGUUACGAGACUACCAGCACGGUUCUGAGCUUUGCUUGCUAUAACAUCGCCAGGCAUCCGGAAGUACAGAAGAAAUUGCGCGAAGAGGUGACAACUGUACUUGACAAGUAUGACGGUGUGAUAACAUAUGAAGCCUUAAAAGAGAUGACGUACAUGGAUCAGGUGCUGAACGAGUCGCAAAGGUUCGUACACGUGGCAGGAUUCAUGGCCAAAGUUUGCACGAAAGAAAUUGAAUUAAAAGGAUCCGAUGGACUCGUCUGUUGCGUUGAACCUGGAAUGCAAGUUAUGAUAUCCGUUCAAGGCCUGCAUGAAGAUCCACGGUACUGGGAGAACUCUGAGGAGUUUGAUCCCGAAAGAUACAUUCCGGAUAAGAAAAAUUCCAUUGAGAAAUUCGCUUUUCUACCAUUCGGCGAAGGUCCACGGAUGUGCCCGGGGAUGCGAAUGGCUCUGCUGAUAGUAAAAGCUGGUCUUGCUGCGCUUCUGCAAAAGUAUACCCUGGAACUCUCCCCGAAGACACAGCAACCUGUGAAAAUGGUCGCCGGAACCAUUUUGGUAACACCGAAAGGCGGUCUGUGGGUCAACAUUCAAAAAUUGUAAUAAUAAAAGGUUUACGACGCGAUAGAAGAAUAAUUGCAUUAUUUUAGUUCAAACAUAUGUACAUAGUUUUUUUGUGAUAUAAAGACGAUUUUACCAUCUCUAAAGUAUAUCUGUUUCGCUUCCUAAACAAGAAUUUAAGAUAUUAUUUGUUUGUAAAUUUUAGGUUUGGUAUAAUAAAGAAUGUACUAAGAUUUUUAGUGAGAAAAA